CGCCUCCGAGUGAAUAGUGAAGUAGUGCAAAUCUCCCAGACGAGAUUCUUGCGCGUCUAGUACUAUCAGAAAGUAGUCCCGGGAUGCAAAUCGAUUUUACGAGGAUGUUUUUGAGUCAAAAUGUGUUUAAAUCGCACGUUUUUUCGAGAGAGGGUCUUUAGACGCGUGUUCAGCGGUAGGUGGGUGUUUAUCGGCUCUAUUUGAGUGAAACCGUCGAGCAGUAUUGGAGGCGGAGGGAUAUCUAACGUCCUACUGCGCGUCAAAAUAUUGGCUCUGGGAAACCGCGUCAAAGCUCAGACAGCGGCAACUGCUCAGGAUAACAACAACACUUUGCGGAGGAUAUACUCAUCUGUUAAACUCGCGUGCGAUUUCAGUUAAGUCAGGAAUCCACGCGUGGUGUUUCUUGGGACUUUUAUUCGUCGUCAGCGGCACUUCAACCUACUUUCAUGUUGGUUUUCGGGCACCGGUGUGCGACUUCACUGUCGUGACACGAAUUGGACGGGCGCGGUGCGGCCGAGUUGGCGCACUGCAAGACGGUCAACACCACUAUUUAGACGGCGCCCGAACCCCUUCAGUCACUUUCUAGAAACCUCAACUUGGCUGCCUUUGGAUAACAAACACCUGCUUUUUUGUGAGUCUUUUUGUUUUUGUUUUUUUUUAAUAUGUUGCUGUCAAAGUUAGGGUCAUUUUCCCACAUUUGCAACCCUUCGAGCAUGGACCACCUACCAGUGAAAUUACAGCUUCAACCGGUGAAAGUGGAGAAAGAACCAUUCGAAAAGGUGUACCAGGUAGGCUCCGUGCUGGGGAGCGGAGGCUUCGGCACCGUGUACGCCGGAAACAGGCUCUCUGACGGGGCACCGGUGGCGAUAAAACACGUCGCUAAGGAGCGAGUCACCGAAUGGGGCUCGAUUAACGGAAAUAUGGUCCCGCUCGAAAUCCUCCUCCUGAAGAAGGUCAGCUCAUCUUUUCGCGGAGUUAUCAAAUUGCUGGAUUAUUACGAGCGCGCCGACGGUUGGCUCAUGGUUAUGGAGAGGCCGGAGCUCGUCAAGGACUUGUUCGACUUCAUAACCGAGAAAGGCGCCCUGGAAGAGGACGAGGCUAAGGGGUUCUUCCGCCAAGUCCUGGAAGCGGUGCGGCAUUGCUACAGCUGCGGGGUGGUGCACCGGGACAUUAAAGACGAGAACCUGCUGGUGGACCUCCGAACCGGGGAGCUCAAGCUUAUCGACUUCGGUUCCGGGGCCAUACUCAAGGACACCGUCUACACCGACUUUGACGGGACCCGCGUGUACAGCCCACCCGAGUGGAUCCGUUACCACAGAUACCACGGCCGCUCCGCCACUGUGUGGUCGCUCGGCGUGCUUCUUUACGACAUGGUCUGCGGCGACAUUCCCUUCGAGCAGGACGAGGAGAUUCUCAGGGGGAGACUGUACUUCAGAAGGAGGGUUUCAGCCGAGUGCCAGCAGCUGAUCAAAUGGUGCCUGGCUCUGCGACCUUCCGACCGGCCCACACUGGAGCAGAUCGGCGACCACCCGUGGAUGCGGACGACGGCCCAAGCGCCCGAGUCCAGCCCCGAAGAACCCGCCGGUGGCGAAAUCCGCCUCCGGACCAUCGCCAUCGAUUCGUCGUCGAGCACAACUUCGAGCAAGGAGAACUUUUAAGAAGUGCUCUGAAAGACUGUUUUUUGGAGGGGGUGGGUACACUGUGGCCCAGCUGGCUGUUCAAUGGCCACGGACUUGUUCUGUUCAACAACUUUUGUUGCUUCAUCUUACACCCCCCCCCCCUUCCUUGUUUCCUGUUUUCGUUCAUAUAAAGGGGAGUAUUUUGCUGUCCGGGUGGUCUUACCAGCACUAUUCCCCUUCUCAAAUUUUUUUUUUUUUUUUCUUUUGUUAGAAGGCUAGUUAAUGCAAAAGCCUUCUUACUCAGAUAUGGAUGCUCUCAUAGAGCUUUGGACAAACAUUUGUUGUUGUUUUUUUUUUUUUUUUAAUUCAAUGUUUAAAAAGUUUAAUUUUGGAGUGCCUUUUUUUGGAACGCUGCUUUUUUCUGGGGGCUUUUUCAUCUCAACCGUUGUUUCGGUCGGACUCGACACGACAAGCCAAGUUUGCCCCCAGCGGAGAGGCUGCACGAGCAUUAAGAGAGGAGAGAACGGAAUACUUGAAACACAUCACUCUUCGAAGCUGCUCACUCACUCACUCUAUAGCCUGAACAGGUGUUUUUUUGGAAACUGGAUCCUGUCUUUUUCUGAAUGUCUACAACAUGUUAACACACGUACACCUCGACUCGCGACCCCGUUCUGCCUUUCUCUCGUUCUCCCGCUCUGUUGCGAGGCCGUUCGCCUCCCGCCAUUUCACAGCUCGACACGUCACGCCCCCUCCCGUCCCCGGAGACCCUCCGCGGGAUGUGAAAUGCACAAUCAAUGCAAUAUUCAUCACCUAUGUUGUUUAUUUUUUCUUUUCGGGCGAAUAUUGUACAGUGUGUUCGGCCUCUUUUAGUGUGUUUUUUUUUUUUUUCCUUCAUUUGCAUUUAAUUUAUUUGUAAACGUGUAGACAUUCCACAUUCAGUGGUUAUUUAUUUUAUUUAUUGUCUAUGCUUAAACUCCCCUCCCUUUAAAAAAUGAGUUUUUUUGCAUAUCCUACUUGGCCUUUAGUUUGCAUUCCUAACUUAUUUUUACAUAUCGACAAUUUUUUUUUUUUUAGAUUGUGGAGGAUGCACUGACAGUUGUCGAUGUUAAGCAGAAUAAAACAAGUUUACUUAAAUUUGAAAGCAUUUUGAAUGUUAUUUAACUACUUUGGAAUUUAAAUCCAAGUUCUGUACUUUCAAGUUGAAGUUUUUUUCAGUUGUUUGGGAAGCUAAACAAUUGCAGUUUUAACACAGCCUCGCCACAUUCGACACCUUCGGGCUCACUGUUGCCACUCGGGGCUCCAAAGGAUGGAUAUUGCUAUUUUUUUUUUUUUUAUACUAAAUUUUCAAUUAAAGUCCCACUUUUAUGUACUGAAAAAAA